AUGGAAGAAUGGAUUAAAAUCACACUGAUACUUUGUGCUUUUGGAACUUUGCGUGAAAUUAGACCGUCGGAGCCGUUUGUUACUGAAUUUUUAUUGGGAAAGUGGAGAAAUAUUACUGAACACCAAUUGAACCAAAAAGUCUAUCCUGUGGGAACAUACUCUUAUUUGGCACAAUUAAUCGUGAUAUUUUUGGUUACCGAUUUUCUAAGAUUUAAACCUGUCAUCAUUAUUUCUGGUCUUAGUGGCGUCUCAGUUUAUGCUGUAUUGCUAUGGACAACAAGUUUAGAAUGGUUGCAAUUUUCGCAAUUCCUGUAUGGACUGUAUAUGGCAACUGAAGUUGCAUAUUUGACAUAUAUUUAUGCAAAGGUGGACGCUUCGAAAUAUCCGCUGGUGUCUUCAUGUACCAGGAUAGCAGCACUAACAGGUCGGUUCCUUUCCGGGGUGAGCUCACAGUUGCUCGUGCACUAUGAAGUCAUGGAUUAUAGAGAUCUCAACUACAUUACGUUUUCAGCCCAAAUUCUAGCAUCGUUCUGGGCCUUCUGGUUGCCACCAGUGCCUUACGGCAUAUACUUCCAUCGUAAAUCGAUCAUCAGCCAAGUAAUAGUAGAUGAUAUUGAAUCAAAAACUGUUCCUCUGGAAACAAUUGAGCUAGAAAAGCGUUCAUUUCAAAAGAACAUAGUAGAGGCGUCGAGCCUGAUCACCCGACAUGCUCGGUCAGCAUACUCGCGCCCUAAAGUGAUCGCUUGGUCUGCGCUUUACGCCGUCGCCUUGGCACUAUUCGUUCAGGCCCAGACCUACGUGCAGCUACUGUGGAAGUACAUCCAGGAUGAGAGCGAAUCGCCUGUUGCCUAUAAUGGAGCAGUCGAAGCCGUUCAGACACUCCUCGGCGCCUUCGGUGCUUUAUUGGCGUCGUACUUCGCUCGUGGCGUGCUCCCCGCUCCAAUAAUGACAUUGCAAGGGGUGGCUGUAUUUGUCGGCACUUACGUACCAAUCGUGUUUGUGUCUUACAUAGGCUAUGUAAUUAUGGGAAUGUUGUAUCAUUUUAUUAUCACACUGGCCAGUGCAAAAAUUGCCAGUCAGCUAAGUGACGAGAGCUGCUUCGGUUUGAUAUUUGGCAUCAACACCUUAAUAGGUACAGGACUGCAAUCAAUACUGACAGCGGUCCUUAUACAAAGUGUGCAAUCACAUAUUACUUCACAGUACUAUGCUAUCAGUGGACUGUUUCUCUUGGCGGCUUCAUGUUGGCUCCUUGUCUGGAUAGUGUAUAAUUUUAAACAGAAGAAAAGGAUUCAUAUCAACAAUCAGUAUUAA